AUGGAGUCUCUUGAACAAAAAUACCUUAAUAAGAGUAAAAGCAGGGCUACUGUAAGUGACAUUUGCCCACCAGCGCUGCUGCCACUGACACAAGCUGAUAUCCAGCCUGGGUCAGAAAAUGACAGGAUUGGACUGGUGAGAGACACCAUGUUCCAGAACCACCUCAUUCUAAAGCCGGAGUUAGGACGAACACGCAGGUACACCAAAAUUCCGGGGUCAGAUUUUGUCUAUGGGUUAACCUUACGUGGGAUGGAUGGAGGAGUUCCUGAAGCCAUUGGGCACUGGCAGGUAGUGCCACCCAGGAUUGUCAAAGCAAAGGAAGUGCCAAAGGACUUCAUUACCAUGAAUUAUAAUGGAAUCAAUGCCGGUCUUUUCACUGCAAGGGAGCACUACCUGUAUCGUCAACACCAUGAUGUCCGCUGCAAAGGAACUGAUGGGAAUCGGUUCCCAAAGGAUCCGCCUCGUCUUCCCGAUGCCAUGACCUAUGGGAGGCCAUAUCGCCCCUCCACACCCAUCACAGAUGUUCUUCAACAUAAGUUUGGGGAUCUCUGGCUACGGGAGCAGCAAGCAUUCAAAAUACAUCUUAAAGAAGAGAAGCACAAGAGGGAAAGGCAAGGGAAAACACAUGAUACACGGACUGUCUUGCUGAGGAAGCACCAAAUCCCAGUGAAGUCGGACUCACUGUGGCACAUGCCACGGUUUGAGAAAGUUGCUCCCCAUCUCGCCACCUUUCCAACUCAAAAAGACCGCGCAAAAGCUUUCAAAGCUCAGAAGGCCGAAGCUGCAGUUCGACAGGGUCAGCCGGCACAGGGCAUUUAUACUCAUUUAUAG